AUGAAGUACGAAACUGCUUUGGUUGCCCUCGCGGGCGUUGCUUCGGCCCGCGAGCUGCCGCUCUUUGGCAAGAUGGCAAAGCGCGAGGUUCCCCAGGAGCACUCGCACCAGGCGAUUGUCGCCGCCACCGACGCCGCCCUGAAGCUCAACAAUCCUCUCCAGAUCCAAGACGCCGUGUUUGCUCUCUUGGGCAACAAAGCUGCUGCGGAGGGCGCCCCGAAUGUCGCCAAUCUGGACUGCCUGCAGCAGAUCGUCGCCGACCAGGCCUUUACCAACGCCAAGGCCGCUGGCGACCUCAACGGACAGAUCAACGCCAUCCUGUUCCGCGCCCUUGAGCGCAACACCGGGAGCGUCGGCUUGGCCAGCGUUACCUGCAACGAGACAGCCACCAACCCAGAGAUCGCUAGCAUCCAGCAGCACCAGGACCCUGCCUCCCCCGAGGCCUCGCAGAACGCCGACAUCGAGCUGGCUGUUGCGAAGUCGCUGGCCUCGAUCGGUGCGGACCCCACCCUUGCUCUCCAGAGCGCUACUUUCCCCCCUGGCCAGAUCGGUGAUCCGACGGCCAAGGGCAACACCUGCGACGACGCGAAUGAUCCGAAGGGCUGCAUUUUCACCCUGAACCUCCUCACCCCUGCGGUCAGCGAGGCUGAUAUCCAGGCUGCCCUGGAUCCGCAGCUGGCAAUGCCAGUGAUGCCGGAGCUGGUGCCGAUGCCUGUGCGUGAACAACGUCCUCCCACUAGCGAAGCCGCCGGCGCUGCUGCCAACGCUACUGCUGGUGCCAACGCUGGUGCUGCUGCCAACGCCGGCCAAGCUUCCAGCGGUACCGUCAAUGUGCAGACCUUCACCGGCUCCCUCGGUGGUCCCCCGCCCCCGGUCGAAAGCACCGCCGGCGCGGCCCGCCCUUUCUCGGUCAACGGCGACACUUUCCUAAACGAAGGCGCGGCCAUCCAGCGCUCGUGCGCUGUGCAAAAGAACGCUUGCGCCAAUGCCGCCAACUCGGGCCAGCUCCAGGGCGGCACGGCCCAGUGCGAUGCCCAGGAAGCCCAGUGCCUGGCCGCCGCCAACGCGAAGAAGGCGCGCCGCUCGGCCGCCUCCCGCCGCUCGGCCGCCGCCCGUCGCCAGGCUGGCGCACUCGACUUUGGUAGCUGCGGCAGCCCGGCCAUUCAGUUUGCCGCCGGUCUGGAUGGCCGCAAGGAGGAGAGCUUCCAGAACGUGAAUACCAAGGACUUCAACCACGGGUCGGCGCUGAACAUCAAGGUCAUUGCCGACUUCACCUGCCAGCGCCUGCAGAGCACCUGCAAGGCUUCGGACGCGACGGUCCAGGCGUGCCAGCAGGCAUCUCAGGCUGCUCAGGCGGCCUCGGGACAGGCUGCCGCGGAUGCGUUCAACUCGGCCCUCGGUGUGUCGGCUUAA